UUCCGUUUCAAUACUAUUCCCAUUGGAAAUGAAGCAUCGAAAAGUCAAUAUGUUUGCGCAUACCUGGUAGCUGUUGCAAAUCUUUUGAAAUUUAAAGUCCGUCCAGAGAAGAAUGUCUCUGGUCCAAAUGGCCAUGGUCCCGUUGAUUUUGCUUUUGUUUCAAUCCAGACUUCUAAAGUAGUUGGUAUCACUGAAGUCAAGGAUAAAGAUUUUUUGCAAGGUGUUGCUCAGAAUGCAGUACAGUGUGAAUCAGCUUUAUCAAAUAACAAUAAAAGGAUUUUUGGAAUCAUAACUGAUUCCGAGAAGUGGUUUUUCUUGGAAUGUUCAUUAGACAAUGAAGGAAAACCGAAGUUUAAACUAUCAAAACCAAUGGUCGUUGUAUAUGGAGAUGAAGAUAUGGAAGACAGAGUAAAGAAAGUUCUUGGUCAUAUUGCGUGGUUACUGGAGGAAGCUCAAGGACUGGAUGAGCCGAAGGAUGAGAACCCCAAAGAUUAG